AAACAAACUCACAAGUAAACAAACUCGGGCGAAGCAAAACACCUCUUCGCUUCAUAUUUUGUAUUUUUUUCUUAGAUCAGAAUGACCCGGCACUCGAAAAACUGCACAGCAAGUUCUGUUUACUCAUAUCACGAGAAGAAGAAAGAUGCAAAAUCAUCAGGGUAUGGCUCUCUGAAGUUACGAUAUGGAAAGGAUGGAGUGAAGGAUUUUGACUGUUGCAGCCUCUCCCUUCAUCCUUGCCGUAAUCCCGUGGUUACACCUGAUGGUAUUUUGUUUGACAAGGAAUCCAUCCUGGAAUAUAUUAUUAGUAAGAAGAAUGAGAUUAGCCGUAAAAUAAAGGAAUAUGAAAAGCAAUGCAAGAAGGAGCAGGCAGAGAUCGAGGAGAUAGGAGAGGCAGAACACCGAUCCCGCAUUGAGAAGUUCUUGAAGACAGAAGGAGCUGUAGCGUCUGCUUCCCAGGCUGCCCAGGGCUCCAGUACCAGUGAUGCUAACAAGGCUGCUUCAGUGUCGAACAUGGCUGCCGGGAAAGAAAAGAAACUGCCCAGCUUUUGGAUCCCAUCUCUGACACCUUCCAGCAAGGAAACAAAAUUGCAGAAACCUGACAAGACAGUCUUUUGUCCCAUAAGUGGAAAGCCUUUAAAAGUAAAGGACCUUGUUGAUGUCAAGUUCACUCUGGCCGAUCCAGAAGACAAAGGUCUCCUUGAUGGCCGAAGGGACAGGUACAAGUGCCCAGUCACGGGAGACAUCCUGAGGAACAACAUCACAUGUGCUGUUCUUCGACCGACUGGUCAUGUGGUUACAAUGGAUUGUAUUGAGAAAUUGGUGAAGAAAGACAUGCUACACCCAAUUACAGGAGCAAAACUCACAGACAAGGACAUCAUUGUAUUGCAGAGGGGAGGAACAGGCUUCUCAUCUGCCAAUGAACAAUUGUCAAGUGUGAAAGCCAGACCAGUGUUGCAAGCUUAAUAUGGAAACAAGAAUGUCUUUAAUGUUGCUUUUUAAGAUAUAUUAUCUUCUCAUGUUUUUGAAAGCUAUAUUAUUUUUAAUUACAUCACAGGAUAGGAGUAUAUAGAGUUUAGACAUAGAUGGUGACUGGUUGUUUUCCAUAAAUUCCUGUACACUAAGAGCAGAAUUAUUGUGUUCAUAUUUUAUCUUGAUAUGAAUAUGUACUUUCAGAUGAUUUUACCUUUAUAAUUUGAAAUCCUGGUUACUUCAUAGCAAAGACUCAUUCUUGUGCAUGGAUGUAUUAAAAUGGUACAAAGGAAAGUCCCUUAGUAAAUAUGCAACAAACCCUGCCUUAAACUUCAAACUUAAAUUUGAGACAUCAAAAAUCCAUGUUAUAUACAGUCAAGUCGCAAUUUUGAUGUAGAAAAGUAACAGUAUAUCCUUCAUUGAUCCUGAUAAAUGAUAGAAGAAUUGCCUUGCUGUACUAUUCUGAAGAUCCUUUGAACUUUUUAUACAUCAUCUACUGUCAGGAGUUUAAUUUUUUCCUUGUCAAUGAACUGAAUCCCAAAGGCUUUGGGAUAAAGAAGAGUUUAGACUAGAAAUUAUAAGAAACAACCAAUUUUAUAUAUUUUCGUCAUACACUGACUGCUAACAGAGAAAACGUUGCUUACGCAUAAGCAAACAUAUCGACAAAGUUGAAUCCGUUGAAAAUUGUAAAACCGAUAAAAAAUAAUUGUAUAUGACCCUGUAUUCUUAAUGUGGUAAUUACUGUUUGAGGUGUUUUGACUUUCAUUGAAUUGAAACUUUUAGAUUUACAAAAUGCUAAAUAUAUUUUAGGACAAAAAUAUUAUGGUUUAAGGUAUCUAUGAAAAUAUAAAUCAAUUUAC